UUGACCUUUGACCUUUGGGCCAAAUAAGGCACACUGUGUCGGUCGUGCUUGGUCUGGCCCCGGGACUCCCCCAGGGUUUGACCUUUGACCUUUGGGUUAAAUAAGGCACACUGUAUCGGGCGCGCUUGGUCUGGCCCCGGGACCCCCUAGGGUUUGACCUUUGGCCCUGCCAUGUCAUAAAUGUCAUCAUGUUCUUUUCCGUGGCGACCGUGCACUUGUGCACGUUCGGUGCAUUCGCACCGGGGAGUAGUAAAAUACGUACUACUCCCUGAUUUGCACAUCGUAGAUGUGCAGUGACAUAUUGCGCAUGCGCGCAUAAGUACGCGGAGCGUGCGACCUUCAGUGGCCCUGCGGAAAAGACGUAUACACAAGGUGGACUAGUAUAGUACACGUGUCAUUGUAGGGUGAUAGCCGACCUCAUAUACGCUGUACGGGGAGAUUAUUUCCUCAGUAUGUUGUAGGCAGUGCUGGAGGUGACGUGACGAUGGCGGAGCCAAGUGCAAAACGAUCCAGGCAGCCCAGAUUGCCCACCUCGAGUGCCGUGCGUGGUUUUUUGAAAAAGUUUUCUUUGCCAGGUUCAGGCACUGAUCCUCUCGUCUUUUUCAGCAGCCAUCAUGACGAGCUCCGACAGGUUCUGCUCGAGGAGCUUCAGUCUCACCCUUUCAAGGUGGUUUUAGUUUUGAGGGUGGAGAUGACACGAGAGUCGGCCACGGGUAGUACGUCUGCCGUCCCGUUUUUUAGAAGUAGACCGGCUCGGAUCCUCAGCGAAGGGGAUAUUGAUAGUGCAGUCAAGACGAUGGUGGCGAGGAUCACUGGUCUUAUUGAUAAGUGGGUGCAGAACGGAUCCAACUGGACCGUUUCUCGAGUGAGGCAGCUGGAUGUGUCGACAGCAAAGUACACUCCUCUUCGAGGUGGUGCAGCUGCUAUCCCGCCGAAAUUAGAAAAAAAGAAGGCCAUCAUUAACGUAAAGAACAACGAUGACAGGUGUUUGAUGUGGGCGUUGUUGUCAGCGCUGCACCCCGUCGAGCAGCAUGCUGAGCGUGUGUCCAGGUACACCCAGUAUGUGGAGGAGCUGCGGUUCGACGGUGUAAUGUUCCCUGCAACGCUCCGUGAUGUAUCCAAAGUGGAGAUACAGAAUGGUCUUGCAAUCAAUGUGUUUGGCUACGAGUCGAAUCUGUACCCACUGUAUCUCAGCGAGCGACAGGAGACUCCCAUCAACCUGCUUCUUCAUGAGAACCACUUCACAUGGAUAAAAAACUUCAGUCGUGCAUGUGAGAAUAAGAACAGACACGCAACACACUACUGCUUGCGAUGCCUCUCCGCACACAAAACAGCAGACUCCCUGCAGCAUCACAGCGAGAGAUGUCAGGUGAUGAAGCCUGUGCCAGUAGUCAUGCCCACAGCAAAGGACAGCAUCCUCAAAUAUACAAAUUUGAAGCACAGGAUGGUGGCUCCAUAUAUCAUUUACGCUGAUACGGAGGCCAUCAUUGAGCCGAUGGAGGAACAGCAUGGCAGCAGCACUGUACGCACAGCACGUCAUGUACCAUGCAGCAUCAGAUAUGCUGCCAUCCGAUCCAACGGUGAAGUCCGUGGUGAGUUUGACGACUGCAGUGAGAAUGCCAUUCACAACUUUUUCGACAGUCUCAAAGAGUUGGAAGGCAGUAUCCAGGAGGAUUUGGCGGAUAUCAAGCCAAUUCAGAUGACGGCAGAACUGGAGCUUGAGUUUCAGAACGCAGUCAACUGCUGGAUAUGUGACGCAGUACUUGGAGAAGAUCGUGUUCGUGAUCAUGAUCAUCUCACUGGUAAGUAUUAUAAUUUUUUGUUUAUUUUUGUUGUUUUGCAGUUGUGUGUAGAUAUGCGUAUGUGUAUAGUGCAUUUUCAUGUCUUUGUAGCUGUUUGCAUCUGUGUUUUAUCAUGGUGUAUUGAAUUGUAUUGUCUGUGGUAUCACCUUCACUGUAGAUGUUUACUAUGUUUGUGUAUUCCCCUCUUUCUGAAUAUCUGCACAGGCAACUACCGUGGUGCUGCACACUACCAGUGUAAUAUUCAGCUGAGUAUCUACCCAGAUCGCCAGAUCAUUCCGGUUGUGUUUCACAACCUGAAAGGGUACGAUGCCCACCACCUCAUCGCCCACAUUGGUAUGACCGAGGUUGAAGAGGUGGAGUACGAGGACUCUAACCAGCGUAAGCGGAUUAAGAAGGUUGGUGAGAUCAGUGUCAUCGCCAACAACAUGGAGAAAUAUAUUUCAUUCAAGUGGCGUCAGUACCGCUUCAUUGACUCCAUGGCCUUCUUGAACUCCUCUCUGGACUCGUUGGUGAGCAACACCCCGGAAGAUGCCUUCAAGCUUACUCGUACAUUGGCCCAUCAUGACCUUCUCCUGCGUAAGGGUGUCUACCCCUACGAGUACAUGGACUCCUUUGCUCGGUUUGAUGAGACACAGCUGCCACCUAAAUCAGCAUUUGAGUCUAGUUUGACUGGAGAAGGUAUCAGUGAUGCCGACUAUGCCCAUGCUCAGAACGUAUGGCAGACAUUUGAGUGCAGUACAAUGGAGGCCUAUCAUGACCUCUAUUUGCAAACAGAUGUCUAUCUUCUAGCAGAUGUCUUUGAGCAUUUCCGCAAGACGGCAUACAAGACGUAUGGGUUGGAUCCAGCCCAUUACCUUACUCUCCCAGGAUAUGCAUGGGAUGCUCUACUACGGUUCACCCAGAUUGAACUGCAGCUGCUCACGGAUGUAGACAUGCAUCUGUUUGUCGAAGCCGGUCUACGUGGGGGCAUCUCAAUGGCGUCGCAGCGGUACGGCAAGGCCAACAACCCAACGAUGGAUCAGUACAAUCCUGCCGAGCCCACAUCAUACCUGCUAUACCUUGAUGCCAACAACCUGUAUGGCUGGGCUAUGUGCCAGAGUAUGCCGACGUCUGAGUUUGCCUGGUGUGACAAGAACCUGUCCGAGAUACUGGCACACCCUGUAGAUUCGAGCACUGGGUUCAUUGUGGAGUGUGAUCUUGAGGUACCUUCUUCGCUGCACCACUACUUCAAUGAUUAUCCACUCGCACCGGAAGUGAUGAGAACAUUCUCAGAUAAGCUAUCACCAUACCAACAAGCACUUGUGGAGGAGCUCAAAGUGUCAGCCGUAGAUGGAGUCAAGUUGACACCCAGUCUCCUACCCAAGUCCAAGUAUGUGUUACACUACCGUACACUGCAGCUGUAUUCGCGUCUGGGCAUGGUGGUGACCGCUGUUCACAAGGUGUUGGGAUUUCAGCAGAGUGCCUGGAUGGCUCCCUACAUCAAUCUGAACACUGCACUUCGCACGAGGGCUACAACCGACUUUGAGAAGAGCUUUUACAAGCUGAUGAACAACUCAGUCUUUGGCAAGACGAUGGAGAACGUUCGUAAUCGAAUACGCAUCGAUCUCUUGCGAGAAGAAAGUGAGGAGCAGGUACUGAGGGCAGUGAGCAAGCCUACAUAUGUGCGGCACGACAUUUUCCCGAACGGGCUUGUCGGAAUAGAAAAGCAGCACACUGAGAUCAAGCUCAACAAGCCGGUCUAUGUGGGUAUGUCGAUACUAGACCUGUCAAAGGUACACAUGUACUCCUUCUACUACGAUGUGCUGAAGGAGCAGUACGGUAGCAGAAUCCGGCUGUUGUACACCGACACCGACUCUGUUAUUGUGCACAUAACCACCGGUGAUGUUUAUGCAGAGAUGGAUCUGUCUCUGUAUGACACCAGCAACUUUCCCACUGACCAUCCUCAGUACACUUCUGCCAAUAAGAAAGUGGUUGGCAAAUUCAAAGAUGAGCUUGGUGGGAAAUCCAUGGUGGAGUUUGUAGGUCUAAGAUCGAAGAUGUACUCCUACAUCGGGCAGGAAUCGGCCAAACGAGCCAAGGGUGUGCGAAAGGCAGUCCUGGCAAAUACCAUCACCCACAAGGACUAUGUAGAUGCACUGCUCAGUCAUCGUGUGUCUGCCAGGCCUAUGACGGGUCUCCGAUCACAUUGCCACACAGUGUAUGAGGAGGUAACCACCAAGGUGGCAUUGUCUCCAUUCGACUGCAAGCGGUAUAUACUGGAUGAUGGCAUGGCCACACUUGCAUAUGGUCACAAGGACAUUUAAUGGGCAGGACCCCACAUUGAACAUGUUUCAUCAUUUUCAUGCAAAACUCCCCGCCAUUCUUCUGUCUAAUAUUCCUCCUUUCUUGACGUGUGGAGCUGGCUCCAACACUCUACAUUUUUGUUAAAUAUUUCAGGCUUGUGCCUCAAUUAUAUUGCAGGAUAUAGUGCAUUGUGCGGUAUAAUAAUCUUCAUCGCAUCAUAAAAUAUUACCCUACAUACUUUGGUUUGCAGUGUGUGCGCAGCAUAGUCCAUAUAUCAUCAAAUUGAUCAAGUUCAGUAUCUGCGGGCAUAUAUUUCCCCAGCUUGAGAAAAUGCUUAUAUACUUGCGUAAAUUUAUGCUCACAAUGAUGACAUAAAAAUGAGAUUAAAGUCCAUAUGAUGGCCAGUAUGAAUGUA